CUCUCCCUAACUCCCUCUAGGCUCUAACUCUGGGGACUCAAGUAACUGCUCGAAAAGAGUAGACAAAAAGUGGAGAAUUCUCAAUUCCUUCCCAACUUCAAGAAGAAGAGAAAAAAUUUGGUUAACUCCAGAUUAUAUAAAACGUGAUAUUAAAAAAAAAAAGUUGGAGAGGUGGAGGAAGAUUCGGGAGAAGGAAACCCAAUUUGGGAUGGGCAUAAGGGCAAAAGAAAAGAGAUGACAUGGUGCAGUAAUGAAUCCAAUCAAGAAAAUCUACCCCUCCAAAUUGUCCCAGCUCAGAUAUCUCAUGAAAAAAGCACUACUGUUCUCAACUCAAAGCUAAAUGAAGUUAAGACUAUAGCUUGCCCUUCAUGCGGCCACCCCCUAGAAGUUCAAGAUCAGACUGGAUUACUACAAGAUUUGCCAGGAUUGCCAGCUGGGGUGAAAUUUGAUCCAUCCGACCAAGAAAUUCUUGAACAUUUGGAGGCAAGGGUACUAUUGGACAGCCGGAAAAUCCAUCCGUUAAUUGACGAAUUUAUUCCCACAAUUGAAGGGGAAAAUGGGAUUUGCUACACGCAUCCCGAGAAGCUACCAGGAGUAAACAAGGAUGGUCAAAUCCGUCACUUCUUUCAUAGGCCUUCAAAGGCAUAUACCACUGGAACAAGAAAAAGAAGAAAGGUUCACACAGACACUGAAGCUGAUGGUGGUGGUGAAACAAGAUGGCAUAAAACAGGCAAGACUAGGCCAGUUUUCAUAAGUGGAGCCUUGAAAGGGUACAAGAAAAUACUAGUCCUCUACACAAAUUAUGGCAGGCAAAGGAAGCCUGAGAAGACUAACUGGGUAAUGCAUCAGUACCAUUUAGGCACUAAUGAGGAGGAAAAAGAUGGCGAGUUGGUGGUUUCGAAGGUUUUCUACCAAACACAGCCAAGACAAUGCGGUGGCUCGUCAAGCAUCUCAGAACUCGACAAAAGAUCAACAUCUUCUGUAAGCCACAGCCAUUUGAUCAAGAGCACGAGUAAUAACUUCAUUGAUUAUUAUCCACAUCCCUACAAUAAUAUUUCGUAUAACUUGGGAAGCCAAAGUGGAGAUAGUCAUAGUUCAUCUCAGCUAAUUCCAAAUCUUGUCGUCCAUGGUGAUGGCUCAUCCUUUAUCCAUCUGCCUUCCAGUGUAAGCAAAGGCAAAUAAGGAUGUUGAAGUAGGGAAAAUAUACGUUCUCAUGCUACUAAGUUAAUACAGCGACAAUGACACUUUUGCUGGUGGUUGUUGCUUGUUUUAUAGUUGUGAAGCAUAAGUUAUCGAGCUUUACAAAUGAGGGAAGGCAAAUAAAGUUAUGUUGUUCUAUCUUUUUCUCGAAGAGUUGUCUAGUUAUUCUUUGAUGUCAUUAGCCUUAUACUA